GAACGUUUUUUGAUAGGUCUGCAGGACUGGAACACGCCCACCACCCUUGGUGCUGAUGAACAUCCGGUUUCCUCAUCUUUCUCUCACUCGGAGUCGCCAUUUUGAUACACAUCAACCAAGCAAGCACACUACCAGAAGUAACGAAGACAACGGCAAGGAUAACUAUGAGUGGAUGUCGAGUGUUUAUCGGUCGUUUGAGCCCUCAUGCUCGUGAGCGGGACGUGGAGAAGUUCUUCAAAGGUUAUGGAAGGAUCCGGGAAGUAAAUUUGAAGAACGGAUUCGGCUUUGUGGAGUUUGACGACCACAGAGACGCUGAUGAUGCAGUUUACGAGCUGAAUGGCAAGGAACUCUGUAGUGAAAGGGUGACUAUAGAGCAUGCUCGCUCCAGAAGAGGGAGGGGUGGUGGACCCGGGAUGGGCGGCGGAGGAGGAGGAGGAGGACGUUUCUCUCCUCGUUUCAGCAGCUACCGCCAGGGGUCUGGUGAUCGCCGCGGUGGAGGUGGCGGAGGCUCCAGUAGGUAUGGUCCUCCAGUGCGCACUGAGCACAGAAUCAUCGUGGAGAACCUGUCGUCGCGCAUCAGUUGGCAGGACCUGAAAGAUCUCAUGAGGAAAGUUGGAGAGGUCACCUUUGUGGAUGCCCACCGAACCAACAAGAAUGAAGGGGUGGUGGAGUUCGCGUCACACAGUGAUAUGAAGAACGCCCUUGAUAAGCUGGACGGAACAGACUUGAAUGGACGAAAGCUGAAGCUGUCUGAGGAUCGCAAGAGCCGCCGCAGCAGGAGUCGUUCCCGUGGCUCUCGCAGCUACUCCCGGUCCCGUAGCCGUUCCCGGUCCCCCCGUUCCAAGUCCCCCAGCCGCAGCAGGAGCCGUAAUCGCUCCAGGAGCCCCCGCUCUGCCAGCCGUACUCCGGAGAAGAAGCCUUCCUCAGGAGGAGGAGGAGGGGGCAGGGCUGCACAUCGCUCCACUUCACGUUCCCCCUCCCGUUCCAAAUCUCGUUCCCGUACCCCUCCCGCACGUUCCCGCUCCCCUGCCCCCCGUUCCCGUACCCCUCCCCCACGCUCCCGCUCCCCUGCCCCCCGUUCCCGUACCCCUCCCCCACGCUCCCGUUCUCCUGCCCCGGCCCGGAAGCCGUCCCGGUCUCGGUCCCCCUCGGUGGAGAGCCAGCACUGAGCCGCUCUGAGGGGAGCUGUUGAGGAAUAGUCCAGUGGAAGGAGUAGAGACUCGUUGGAGUGGAACACUGAUAAAGUUCUGUUUGUUCCAUACCAAUGAGUCUGUCCUCCCGAUUUUUAAAAGUGACCACCAGUCUCCACUGGUGUAGUGGUAUGUAUGGACUGAAGGGAAUGUCAUGCUGGAACCGUGGCACCUGGCGUUGUGCCAGCCUGCCUGCCUGCCUGCUAGUGGGUUGUAAAUGAAGAGGAGCCUUGCCUUGGGUGUAAUGCCCUCUCUCCCACAAUCUAAUUUUAAAAUCUGAGCUUUAGUCCUGGUUGGUUCAGUUCCUCUUGGCCCUGGACUGGUUAUUUUAUGAUUAUAGGUUGGAUCCUGCGUCCCCCCAAUUCAACUUCUAAUUUAGUCUUUUAUUGCUAUCUGAAUAAUUAAAAAUUUUUUCUUUCUUUUUUUUGUUAAUGAAAUGUACAGUGUGAUUUGAGAGCUUUUGAUUGGGUCGCUGUCCUGUUGAAUAUCUGUAUCGUUGUCCCUGCAGGUUUGUAAGUCUCGUUGUGAUUGAUAAGUUGUAUGAAAUGUACAAUUGUUUUGAAGUGAACUUUGUCUAAUCAAUACAAUGUUGUUUUUUUCUUCCCUUGUUUUUGUCUUAUCUGUGUUCCAAUCCACACUCUAAUUAAUAGUUAAGUUAAAAUGCCACCAAAAUGAUUUGGAUGGGUGUUGUGAAGUAAUUUUAUCUACUAUUAGGUUUUUGUUGCUUUUUAACGAUGAUUGAGUAUACUGAAUAAGCAUUUUGCAAAUUAAGUGAUUUUUGUCUUUAAAAAAAUAUAUAUAUAUAAACAUAAGACUACAAUUGCGUAGUCUAAACCA